GGCUCCGUCCUGGUCUGGGCGAAUCUGUACCAGUCAGGUGCAGCCCUGCCCCCACCAUGAGGCUGACCUGCAAGGAGUGGGUCCUCACGGCCCUGCUGGGCGUCACUGCAGCCUCGGCCCUGACCACACUCAUUCUCAUCCUGGUGGAGGCCACCGAUGUCCUGCUGCCCACGGACACCAAGUUUGGGGUCGUGCUGGACGCAGGGUCCUCCCACACAUCCCUCUUCGUGUAUCGGUGGCCGGCAGACAAGGAGAACGACACGGGUGUGGUCAGCCAGGCCCUGGCCUGCAGGGUGACAGGUCAGUGGGCCAGUCUGCCAAAGGCCCUCUCAGCCCAGCCAGCCUUCUGGGCCUGCAGCCUGGUCCCAGAGUGCUGUGUUUCAGGGCCUGGCCUCUCCUCGUAUGCCUCCGACCCCGCCCAGGCCGGCGAGAGCCUGGAGGGCUGCCUGGAGGAGGCGCUGGCCGUGAUCCCAGCAGCCCAGCACCAGCAAACGCCGAUGUUCCUGGGGGCCACAGCCGGCAUGAGGCUGCUCAGCCAGAAGAACAGCUCUCAGGCAGCGGCCAUCUUCGCAGCGGUCACCCAGGCCCUGGGCCGAGCCCCCCUCGACUUCUGGGGUGCUGAGCUCCUGCCUGGUCAGGACGAAGGUGCCUUCGGUUGGAUCACCAUUAACUAUGUCCUGGGCUUGCUGGUCAAGUGCUCUUUCUCUGGAGAGUGGAUCCGGCCUCCAGAGGGGACGCUGGUGGGCGCCCUGGACUUGGGUGGGGCCUCCACCCAGAUCACCUUCGUGCCCGGAGGCCCCGUUCAGGACAAGAGCACGCAGGCCACCUUCCGCCUCUACGGCUUUGAGCACAGUGUCUACACCCACAGCUACCCCUGCUUUGGGCGCAGUGAGAUGCUGAACAGGCUCCUGGCCCAGCUGGUGCAGAGAAGCCCCUCCCACCUGGUCCGCCACCCCUGCUACCACAGUGGCUACCAGGACACACUGUCCCUGGCCCACCUGUUUGAGUCGCCUUGUGUGCAGGCCACAGCCCUCCCCCACCUGCCCCCGAACCUGACCGUGGAAGGGACCGGGAACCCCAGGGCCUGUGUCUCAGCCAUCCGGGAGCUCUUCAACUUCUCCAGCUGCGAGGGCCGAGGAGACUGCGCUUUCAAUGGGGUCUACCAGCCCCCCGUGCUGGGCCCGUUCUAUGCUUUCUCCAGCUUCUACUACACCUUCCACUUCCUGAACCUCACCUCUGGGCAGUCGCUGGCCACUGCCAACACCACCGUCUGGGAGUUCUGCCAGAAAACCUGGAGGCAGGUGGAGGAGGCCGCGGCCGGGCAGGACAGCCAGCUGCGUGACUACUGCGCCUCCGGCCUGUACAUCCUCACGCUCCUGGUGGACGGCUACGGGUUCAGCGAGCGCACCUGGCCCAGCAUCGAGUUCCGCAAGCAGGCCGAUGGCACCGACAUCGGCUGGACGCUGGGCUACAUGCUGAACCUGACCAAGAUGAUCCCGGCGGAGGCGCCUGCCCAGUGGCGGGCGCAGAGCUACGGCGUCUGGGUGGCCGGUGUCACCUUUGUGGUGCUGACCCUCGGGGCCAUCCUCACUGCUGCCGCCGCCCUGCUGCUCUGGCCCCGGGACUAAGCACCCAGCUGGGCCACCCAGCC